AUGCCUGGCUUGCAGUAUAAGGCCCCUCGGGUCAGAAGAUGGCCCCCACUGAGCCCCAACGCGAAUUCAUUUUUCCAGCGAGGAUACACAAUUGCCUCUGAUCUCAUCCUCCAAGCCCUCCCGGGACUAGCGAACACGGCCGGAUCUGGACGUGACAAUACAGGUAUUGGACACCAAAAAUACGCCAGUUACAGCGAGACCUCCGUCGAGAAACAGUCAAUGGAGCGACCUCCCCUAGUUUGCCAAAUCGCUGGCCCCUCGACUUGCCAAUCCUUCAUCGCCUCGAACCACAGUGUCAUCCUCGCUCCUCUCGCUACCGCUGGGACAUUGUCGUCUGCGCACGCCACCUCCCAGCUCCCCUUUGUCGUCGCCCUCGAUCGUUAA